AUGAACCGCUCCUCUUCACACGUGAACGCGGGCGUGGGCGUGGGCGCAGACGUGAUGGUGAAGCCAUCUACCUUGGGCAUGGCAUCGGCGCGACAAUCCACGUUCCUCCAUACCAACGCCGCUGCCGACGUCGAUGCCCACGACCUGCCCCUUGGGACUAUGACGACGACUCCGACUAUUGGUCCGACGACGACGACUACAGAUACCGAAGAGGCGUCAACAACUUCAACCGAAGCAGCGCCACCGCUUUCGCCCGUUCUCUCGCCAGCAAUCGAGUCGUUGUCAACAACAUCUACAGGCCAGGGAGACAUUAUUAUUGAAAAAGGCGAGAUUUAG